GGAUUCGGCCACGAUCGUGACUAUGUUUUAUUUCCGACGUGAAAUGAAUGCAUCAGAAUGCAUCGGCCAGUUACACAAAGGUCUCGUCUUCAUUUGACUCGGGCGUAGAGCUGUACAUACAGUUGUUAAAUCAGGUGGUCAACAAGUUUUAACCUCGCAGAAUAUGCUCUCCAGAAAAUGUCUAAUGAGUACUUCAAGAGGCUUCUGGAUCAAGUCUCUUGGACAUCUUGUGGUUCUCUCCUCUCUUUGUUGUUUUAUAUCUGGACACUCUGAAAGAAAGAGGACGGACGACUUGAUGUCCAAAUAUCCCCUCAUUGACGGUCAUAAUGACCUAGCUCUCCAGCUGAGGAUACUGCACAGCAAUCGGCUGAGUCAAGUUGACCUACACAACAUCAGCAAAGUGGCCACCGACAUCAACCGGCUCAAAGCGGGCCGCGUGCAGGCACAGAUGUUUGCGGUCUAUGUGCUGUGUGGGGCCCAGGAAAAGGAUGCUGUCAGGCUGACUCUGGAGCAAAUAGAUGUGGUCAGACGCAUGUGCACCGAGUACCAGGACUUUGAACUGGUCAAAUCCGCCAAGGAGCUGAGGGACUCUGAGAGGAGACAUAAGAUUGCCUGUCUCAUAAGUGUCGAGGGGGGGCACUCCAUUGACAGCAGCCUGCCCACCCUGCGGAUGUUUUACCAGCUCGGGGUGCGCUCCAUGGCCCUCACACAUACCUGCAACACACCCUGGGCAGAAUCCUCCUCCAAACUGCACAAUGUCUAUCAAAGACAUAACAACAGCCUGACACACUUUGGGAAGGCCGUCGUGGAGGAGAUGAACCGACUGGGAAUGUUGGUGGACCUCUCCCACACUUCUUGGGACACUGCCUCGGCGGCGUUGAAGCAUUCCAAGGCACCGGUUAUUUUUAGCCAUUCAUCCUCCUUCACCAUGUGCAACCAUGACCGCAACGUACCUGACUGGCUGCUGCGCGAUCUGAAAAAGAAACAUGGGUUGAUCAUGGUGAAUUUCCACAGCAAUUUCAUAUCCUGCAGCAACGUAGCAAACAUCUCUCUCGUGGCCGAUCAUUUUGAUCACAUUAAGAAGGAGAUUGGAGCCGAGUCAAUAGGAAUCGGAGGGGAUUAUGAAGGUGCUGUGAGAUUUCCUCAGGGCUUAGAAGAUGUGUCCAAGUAUCCCGCCCUAUUCCAGGAAUUGUUGAAAAGGAACUGGACUGAGAAUGAGUUGGCUAAUGUCCUUCGAAACAACUUCCUGCGAGUGUUUGAGGAGGUGGAGAGGGUCCGGGAUCAGUUGAGUUUGAACCGGCCCAGUGAGGUCCAAAUCCCCCUAGAGGAGGUGCACAACCCAUGCAGGCUGGUCCUCAGACCCCCUAGCCCAAGAGGGUCCUCUAUCCGGAGUGUGCCCUCCAGAGCGCAGCACGAAACCAAAGGUGCCCUCGUCCCCGCCAUGGCUCUUUUGCUUUCCAGCCUAGUUUUCACUGCGUGAAUGUUUAGAAACUUGGUUGAGCCGCAUCGGAAAUGCAUAAUUUCAACUAUAAAUAAGACGAUGUUAAUAAUAUUGUUGGGCCACUUUACAGGUCAGAGAAGAUAAGGAGAUAAUCCUUAUCUUAGCAUCAAUCAAAAUGUAUUCCCAUUUGGAAGUAUAAUAGACUUGUAAUUUGUAAUAUGUAUAUUUGAAUAAUGAUAAUUUAAAAUCUGCCUCUCUAUAUACAUUAGAAACCAUUUACACAAGAACAGCAAUGACAAGGCACUUUACUAUUUGUUUUUAAAUGUGUUUUAAUACAGAUUUUAUGUGUUUGCUGACAUCAUUCCUAUGAAAACGUAAAAAAUGAAGGACAAUAGUGAUAAAUAAAAUGGUUGAGAUGGCACAUUCAUGAAGGAUUGUCAUAUGUUUAUUGUUGACCUGUGAG